GCUCGGACCUCGUCGUCGUCACGGGCGGGUGGAUGCAGACGACGAACGGCGAACGACGACGACGACACGUUCCCAAUCCACCGACUGGCAGCUGGCAGGCUGGUCAAAAAAAGGGAGGGAGAGGGCCUUUGAGAUCGACGCACGCGCGGUCUCUCGGGUCAGAUAAAGGGAAAACACACGCUCUCAGUUCCAGUUCGGUUCACCCUUUCACUCCGAUCGCUCGUUCAACUCCCCUUCAUUCGAUAGACCCCUAUAUAGUCGAACCCUUGACCCUCAGCGAGAAAAGAUAGCUGCAAGCAAGAUGUCUGAAGUCAAAGCUACCAACCCCGCCGACGGCAAGGUCGCCAACCCCAAGGUCAUGCUCAACUUGGGAUCGCUUCCUCCUCGUCAAAAGCCCAGCGCCAUGAUGCGAGAACAGUACCCUCGAACUCCCUCCCGAGUCAACCCCGAUCAACCUCAAUGGCCCGCUUACCGAGGAUAUCACGAAUACUCGUUCGCGCACGCUACCAUGUCGGUUCGAUUGCCUACCAUCCUGGAGAAGGGUAUCGCCGAUGUCCACCUUACUGUUAACCAAGAGUACGACGAGGACCGUGUCAAGGACCUCGUCGAGUGUAUCCACAGGAUGGAGGAUCUCCUCGACUCGUUGAAGGCCAACGACAAGCUCAGGUACAUUACCGAUGACGGUGCCGGUGAUGUCGCCCUCUGGAACAAGGAGAUCGCCCGAUACUUCCGAGGAAAGGAUUUCAUGAACUCUCCUUGGGUGUUCGCCGAGGCUUACAAGUACCGACGACUCCGCGAGUGUUUCUCUCUUUCCAAGUACUGGGUCGAAUACGACGUCUUCUUCAGGCAGAAGUGUGACACCUUUGCUCGAUCGGCCGAGGCCGUCUUCGAGCUCGCUUCUCGAUUCGCUGCGCCCUUCUCUUUCGCCGAGGGUAUCUCGGACGAGGACAAGUUGAAGACCUCCAAGUUGAUGUUCAGGGAGUUGACUCAGAUCUGCUUGUGGGGAAACUCCACCGACUUGUCCCUCUUGAUCGACAUGACCGAGGAGGACAUCAAGAAGUUGCAAUCCACCGGAGGAGAGCACCUCUCGGCCACGGAGAAGAACAUCUUGGGUAACGACCUCGAUAAGAUCACCGACAAGGUCGCUUCCAUGAAGGGAGGCAGGAUCGACUUUGUCCUCGACAAUGCCGGGUUCGAGCUCUACUGUGAUCUCGUUUACGCCGAUUGGUUGAUUCAGAGCGGAAUCUGCAAGGAGAUUGUCUUCCACGGAAAGAAGAUCCCCUGGUUCGUCUCGGACGUCACCAAGAAGGACUGGGACUGGAUCUUGAACUCUUGUGUCUACGGGUACUUGUUCCCCGAGGCCACCGAGGAGGAGAUGGACUGGUUGAGGGUUAUGGGUCGACGAUGGAAGUCGUACGAGAAGGAGGGCAAGUUCAAGUACCAGAGCCACCCCUUCUGGUGUUCCGGAUUCACCUUCUGGAGCUUGACCGCCGAGGCUCCCGAUCUCUUCAUCGAGUUGGCCACCAGUGAUUUGGUCAUCUUCAAGGGAGACUUGAACCACCGAAAACUCGGAUACGACUGCCACUACCCUUACAACACCCCCUUCUCGCAAGCCAUCGGACCUCUUGCCAGCACCCCUGGCGCCCCUCCCAUCGUCUCCCUCCGUACCGUCAAGAGUGACAUCGUCGUCGGUAUCCCCGAUGGCGUCGGUGAAAAGUUGGACGAGGAAGAGAAGGGCUGGAAGAUCUCCGGAAAGUACGCCGUCGUGCUCCUUUCCGAAGGUCGACCUGGCGAAAAGAUCACCUUUGCCGACACCAACAACGAGUAGUCGCCGCCUCGCUCCGUCGCGGUUGUCUCUCGCCAAUCGACAUUUGAACCUUUGUUUGACGUUACGACUGUUUUGUAUCCGGUUUCAGUUCUCCCAUUAGACGUCUCUACGAAGACUCAUUGUUACGGGCCCGGUUGGGGGAUGGAUAGGCAAGGGUAUAGUCCUCUCGGGCUUGCCUGGUUCCUAUUCCGUCAUCCUCCUGCUCGUAAUCGACCGUGUUGUGAUUAAUACGUGGCUAGCACGAUGUUUGCGGCCCUCAUCGAUCAAUACCAUGUCUUACGAA